AUGUCACUCCAAGAUAAGGUCAUUCUCAUCACGGGCGGCUCCAAGGGCAUCGGCCGGGCCAUGGCCAUCGGCGCCGCUGCCCAGGGCGCAAAGGUCGUAGUCAACUACAGCAGCGACUCCUCUGCCGCCGAUGAGGUUGUCAGGACCAUCGGCAGCGACCGCGCCAUCGCCGUGCGCGCCGACAACUCCAAGACCGCCGAGCUGCAGAAGCUCGUAGACGUCACCGUUGAAAAGUUUGGCAGGAUCGACGUCCUCAUCCCCAACGCCGCCAUCAUGCACAUGCGCACCGUUGAGAACACAUCCGAGGAGGACUUUGACAUCAUGUUCAACACCAACGUCAAGGGACCAUACUUUUUGGUCCAGAAAGCACUCCCUCACAUGCCUGAAGGCGGCCGAGUCAUCUUUCUUUCUACGACAGUCCUUGCUUCAAGUAACCUCCCCCCGCCGUACCUCCUCUACGCUUCAACAAAGGGCAGCAUCGAGCAGAUGACCAAGUACAUGGCCAAGGAUCUGGCUAGCAAAGGCAUCACUGUCAACGCCAUCGCACCUGGCGCCACGGGCACUGAGCUCUUUUACAGGGGCAAGACGGAAGAGAUGAUUGCACGUAUAAGCGCGAACAGCCCGUAUAACAGGAUCGGUACACCAGAAGAGAUCGCCUCCGUUGCUCUGUUUCUCUCAGGCAAGGAGUCAUCCUGGGUUACGGGUCAAGUCAUCCGUGUGAAUGGUGGAGUUGCAUAA